GGAGCCAUCAGCCAUUUAUGACACCAGCAGUCCUUGGGCAAGGCAGCCUAAGGAUCACCUAAAUAAAAGGAGUCAAGAGAAGUAAUGUGUCAGACACAAUGGCAAGGUUGUGGAAGGCAUUUGUGUUGGUGGUGGCUUUAGUUGUGGUAGCCUGUGAAGCCCAUCGCCCACCAAGAUAUGAGGAUAUUGUUGACCGGGCCAUAGAGGCAUACAACAAUGGGCGUCCAGGAAAGUCCCUCUUUCGCCUGGUAGAUGCCCCCCAGCCAUCUGGUCAGUUCUCCGCUAUCAGUAUCUCAUUGGAGUUCAGGAUUAAAGAGACAGAGUGCAUCUCCAAUCCGGAAAGGCAGCCUAGAAACUGCAACUUCCUGGAGGAUGGGGAGGAGCGAGACUGCACAGGUCAAUUCCUCAGAAGGAGGCGUUCAACCUCUUUGACCUUGAGCUGUGACAGGGAUUGCAGUAGAGAGGGUGCCUCAGUGAAGGAGUUUUCUGAUUACAGUGUGUAGGAUGUCUCUGAGAAGGAGCAGGUCAAAGAUUUUCCCCCGGAGAUCAGAAACAUUUAUGAAAAUGCCAAGUUUGACAUCAUCAAUAACAUCCUUCGUAAUUUCUAGAGCUGGAGAAGGGAGGGGAGGCUCUGCUUGCCUCUAUGCCCUCCUCUUCCCCACUACCGGUCUCCCUAUGCUGUCUCCAGGACCCUGCUGUCUGCACUUCCCAGGAGGGCUCCCAUAAACACAAGAUAAGAUGCUA